AUGCGCAUCAUCAACAUGUUCGGAACACUGCGAUGUCCGGAGGGCAGCCGACGGCAGAGCAGCAGCAGGAGAAGCCUUUCGUUUGUCGAGACGGGGCCCUUCUUGGGCGCCAGCUUCGUGGCGUGCGAGCGGUGCCGGAGCCGCAAGGUCAGAUGCAGCGGGCAGCGCUCGGGAUGCGACCAAUGCAAGGCCUCGUCGGAGCCUUGCAGCUAUAGACAGCACCAGGCAGCAGCACGGCAGCAGCGCAAAUCGCCGGCCGGGGCCGACAGCAGCACGCCCGAGAGCAUCCCCACGCCGCUGGAGGCGGAGAAGGACGACGAGGCGGGCGAGGGGCUGGAACACGAGGGCGGCAUGGUGGAGCAGGACCAGCAAUGCUGCCUGGAGCUGUUGCUGGGGCUGCUGAACCAGCUGCAGACGACGUGCGAGACGGAGUGGACGGCGCAUGGGCUGCUGGCGGCGCACCGCGAGGGCGUGCCGUGCUGCCAGGUGGCGCUGCAGUGGCCGUACCAGGUUGCGUCACCGCAGGAACUCCAGGCGGUUGAGACGGCGAUGAUGAGCGUGCAGCUGCAGGGAUUGUGCGGGCUGAUCAGGGGUGUGCGCGCGACCGCGCCGUGGGGAGCUGCUGCGGCACUGCUGGCGGCGUCUGAAGCGAAGACGGAAACGAUUGCGUUGGACCUAGCGCUACGGCAAUGA